AUGUAAGCCUUAAAGACAGUUGUCAUAACAGGAGCUAACAAAGGUAUUGGCUUUGGCAUUCUUGAAAAUCUUAUUCAGAAGUAGUCAUACAAAGUUAUUAUGGCUUGUCGAUCUCUUGAUCUAGCUCAAAAGUCUAGAACCUAAUUGAUCGAAAAAUACAAUGUAUCCUUAUACUUUAAAUUAUUAUCAGCUUUCUCAAGAUAGAAUUGACAUUAUUGAAUUGGACAUUAGUAGUAGUGAUAGCAUUGAUAAAUUCAUUCAGGAAUUUACAACUAGAUUCCAUUAAGCUGAUAUCUUGAUCAACAAUGCUGCCGUAGCUGUCAAGUCAGAUGAUUUCAAUUUUGAAAUUGUGUAAUAUACCUUUACACCUAACUUCUAUGGCACAGGUAUAAAUUCUCACCUAUUAUACUCUAGUGGAAUUGACUGAAAAAUUCAUUCCUUUAUUGGUUUAAAAUGGAAAGAUCAUUACAAUUGGAUCAUCAGUUGGGAACACUAAAAUUUUGGAGUCUGAUGAUCUAGUCAAAAGAUUCAAGAAUCCAAACAUUACAAGAGACGAUGUUUUCAAGUUGGCUGAUGAAUUCUAAGAACAUGUUAAGAAUAGUAUAAAGAUUUGUUAUAUAUAGAUACAUAUGCACAGAAUGGUUGGCCAAGCUGGGGAUAUGGAAUUAGCAAAUUACUCAUUAAUACUUAUGUCAAGACUACAGCAUCAAAUGCUGAUGUUAAACAAAAAAAUUUAUAAGUUUACACAUGUUGUCCUGGAUGGGUGAAAACUGAUAUGGCGGCAGAGGGAGCAGUGCUGACAAUAGAACAAGGGGCUUUAACUCCUGUAUAUUUGGUAGAAUUACAAUUUGAGGUGAAUCCUGCCUAUCAAGGAUAAUUCUUUUAUCUUUAGAAGGUGUAGGAAUUGUGA